AGCAGAAGAGGAGCAGCAGAGGAGCCACUGUGUGCGGACAGCUCGGGCUGAGCCGUGGAGAAAAGAAGCGACGAUCGCCCGGCACUGAUUUUUGCUCCACGCAGCAAACAUUGUUCUAAUUGCAGGAUUUUAAGGCACCUUUUUUUUUUUUAAAAAAAAAAAAAAAAAAAGAACUAGAAGAAGAUCUGCUCAGGUUUCUCCGUGUGCCUGCGUCGUCGAACGGGACGCCGGUGACCACCACCACUGUGCGGACUCGCUGCUGCGUAAAUGACUUGAGGAACUCUCGUCCAAGUCAGCGCACCGGAGAAAAGCGGCUCUAUGGGAAAUGAAUGUGACCGGGAACCAGCACCCCGAGCUGAUCGAGCGACCCGCCAGCCUCCUGGUUCCAACUUCGACAAAAUCUGGAAUUGCUCUGCUGUACAAUGAGGAGACCAACAAUACCUAUGACGUCUGCCUGAAAUUGACCAAAGAGGUAUUAACCAUACAGAAGCUGGACGUGGUUUGCACCAGUGAAAGUGAAUCCCCAGUAAAUCACAGAACUGUUGUACUGCGAAGACAGGUGACUGGCGGUCUGGGCUUAAGCAUCAAAGGAGGUGCAGAGCACAACGUGCCUGUGGUUAUUUCAAAGAUUUUCAAAGAUCAAGUAGCCGAUCAGACGGGGAAGCUAUUCGUCGGGGACGCCGUGUUGCAGGUCAAUGGUAUAAAUGUGGAGCCCUGCACACAUGAGGAAGUUGUUCACCUCUUGCGCACCGCAGGAGAUGAGGUCACCAUCACCGUUCGCUACCUGCGAGAGGUCCCAUCAUUUCUAAAACUGCCUCUAGGUUCUCCCGGGCCGUCCACAGAUCACAGCCGAGUGUCCUCUCCACUCUUUGACAGCGGCUUACAUCUUAAUGGAAAUGGAAACAACACAGCUCCAUCACCCCCUUCGCCCUCAGCUAAUGAGCCGAAGUAUGAGAAGCGCUGGCUGGAUGCUGUCUCCCUGCCCUUGUUGAUGGCCAGAGUCUCCAGAUACAAAGCUGGCACAGAUCAAUUAAGGUCCAACUGUUUUGAAAUCUUUGCCUUGGAUGGAGCCAGCACCAAUAUUCUUCAAUUUUGCACUGCUGCAGAAAGCACCGACUGGCUCCAAGCAAUAUCUACAAAUAUCAAUGACUUAACACAGGAGAAUAUCAAGAUCGUCAACAAAUACUGCUCUUCAGAUGAUCAGAUUGUUCACAUGGGCUGGGCAUGUGAAAGCCCAGAGGGCAGCGCCGCUGGUAGAACUUCAGCAUUCAAGUUCCUGGCACUGAGAGGACCAUAUUUUUAUAUCUUCAGAAGCCCCCCGAUCAGUGCCGCUGACUGGGGACAAGCUGAAACAACGUAUAACCUCUAUGAGGUUCUUUUCAAGGUCCACAAGCUGUGGAUGGCAGAGGACUGCUGGCUCCAGGCGAGGCUCUACUUGGGGCUGGAGCAUUCGCCUGAGCAGCAGGACAACGAGUCCCUGUGCUUCAGUAUUCUGGUCGGCCACGGCCAGAGCCACACCUUCAGGGUAGAGCUGGCUACGGACCUGGCUAUCUGGGAGAAGUCCUUCCAAAGAGCUGUCUUCUUGGAGGUGCAGCGAAUACGAUCCAAAAGCUACAUGUGCAGCAGCCAGGGGAAUGUGCUGUGCUUCACCAUAGAUUUUGGAUCUGGCUUCACCUGCUCAGAAGGCACUUCAAAGACCGUACUGUGGCGAUAUAAGUUCUCUCAACUUAAAGGCUCCUCUGAUGAUGGGAAAACCAGGGUAAAACUCCUUUUCAAGAAUGCUGAAAGCAACCAAAUAGAGAUGAAGGAACUGGAGUUUGCUAAUCUAACAGCCGUCCUUCACUGUAUACAUUCUUUUAUUGCUGCAAAAGUGGCCUCCAUGGACCCUCUCUUUAUGUGCAGUCAAAGCCACCCUGGAAAUUACAUGAACACUUAAGAAGACAUGUCCUCAUUGUCAUGUACUCCUGUUGCAAAUCCGCAAUAUUGUGAUUUCUAGACAGAGCUAAUUGAUAUGUAUAUACAGUUCUUGCUAUUUUUGUAUGGACUUCUGAAGAUAAUAAAUAUUUGUAAAAGACUGUAAAGGUAGAUAAUGUAUGAAUUAAUAGUGGAAUGAAGAUGUUAUUUAAUUUUUGACAAACACAAAUACAAUCCAAACAGAUGAGGAGUUUUUCCUUUUCUUUCACAUUCUUUUUUUCAUCACAUUAUGGAUUCUCAGCGGAUUCUACUUGUCACUUUGAAACGCAGCACCCGUGCUGCCAUAUGGUGUAGAACUGCCAUACAUUUGACAACAGGACACGAAUCGCCAAACAUAGAAGCUGCCACUAUUUUUAGCAGAUAAUCUCAGCUUGUGCUGCAUCUAUGAAGAAUAAUGAUGCCAUUCUUACAUCUAGUGAGUAAGAACAUUUUUAACAGACGAAAUGAAUCUGAUACUGGCUUACUGUCAUGGGGUGGAUUCACAUUUAUGACAGACCUUAGACAGGGAUUUUAUUUACUUCGAAUUCACAGUUGAACAGUAAUGAAAAAGCUAACCUUUCUCUGUUCCCAGUUCCUCUGGUUUACUUUCCUUACUUUUGUAAGUCUUUUGUCAGUGAACACAAACACCACAGUACAAUGCAGUCUAAUAAGCCUCCAAAUAACCACUGAAUUGAAUCAACAUAUCUCUCUGAUUAAAUUGUAUGAUGUUUGUGCUAUUGUGACCAUCAUUUUGUAUCAAAUAAAGGCAAGAGUUUCCAAUUUCUCUGGGCAAUGAGGACCUUUUAAUGUUAAUGUGACAUUUCAGCUUCAAAGUAUUAUUAAAGACAUUUUCAUCAA